UAGAUACUGACGGAAGCAACCAUUUCACAAGUUUUAACACAGAAACAUCGGUGGGGUAUAUUUUCACCGGUAUGCCCAAGACAAAGCCAAAAAGACGCCCCCCUCCCAAAACAGUUAACAUGAAACCAAAAGGGAAUGAUGAACGCAACCGCAAUGAUGACAUAGAGUUAAAACAACGACCGAACACGUCGGAUAGAGCUGUAGAUAAACUAUUAGAUGAUUCCACAGUUUACGCGUAACAGCCAACUGAACAACGACAAAUCAAAUAAAUGCAAAUCUAAAGGCAUGCGAUGUAUUGUAAAUCUUCUGACACACCCUUGUAUAAACGCCUUACUUUUAGUAUUAAUGCUGACGUUUCUAGUAGAGAUUUUGGACACUGGACCAAUCACGAAUACGUUCGAGAAUGUGAAGAAAAUUCCAGGAUCGAUAUCUUGUGUGGGAACAAUGGUCAUCCACAUGGUAAAUCAAUCAACUCCUAACCGAAACAAGAUUUAUGAGGAUGUAGCUAAACGAACGGCCACUCUGCCAAUUGAUGUGUUAAAGGAAGUUAUCGAUGAACCAAAACUAGCCGUAGAACGUAUAAUUUCUGAGUUCAAACUUGUCAAAAUUGAUAUUAGUAACAUAAACUUUAACAUAACUGUCAAUAACAUCACAUUUUCUUCAAAUGACAUUCAAGAUUAUGCCAACGACGUUUAUUCGACACAUCACAUUACUUACCCAAAUCUUACAGGAUCCGAAAGUCUUUUUACUAUCGCGGACAAGGUUAGUGAUGUGUUUGAACACACAACGGAUUUUGUGCGUCAACUACCCACUAUCGUGAUUAUUGUGCAAAUUGUAUUAGGCAUUUUUGUGUUCCUCAUAGGAUGUUGGUCGGUAAUUGGGUGUCUGCGAGCAGAAAAGCAGCCGGAACGUGUUGUUAGAUCACAAGCGAUCUCAUCUGUGUCAACUAUUUUUGAAAAAGUGAUUGCGUUGAAACAAGAGUUUUCGACAUUGAUUUGGGGUCUUUGUGUCAUCAUGACAUUUGUGAUAUUUACCUUACUGCUGAUUUUAUUGGAUUCAGUUGUUUACCAAACACUGGACGUAAUACAUAAUGAGGCCAAUAUAUCUAUGCUUAUUAAUGGUGGUAGUAGUAUUCAAAUUGUUCUUAAUGAUACUAGUCCACGCAUCAGGCAGUUCUUGUAUAAAGAAGCCCCAAUGUUGUUUGACAGUAACUUGACAACUCUUAAGUAUUCAUUGGGAGUGAACACAAAGGAUUGUUUACCCGAUGCAUCUCCCCCUUUUCAUGAGAACACCUCUAAUCUUGUAUCUUUAAUUGUCCUUCUCAUUAUUACUGUAAUACUCAUUAUUUUACAGUCAUUUUGGGGUAGAAUUCAGGAUUACAUCGAAAAUAGAUGCUGCUGAAGCGAUCGUCUACUUAAAUUCAGAGAAUUUUAUUACUGCGAAAUAUUUUGAAUCCUUAAUGAAUAUUAACAUGUGGAACAAUAACUACAUUUCCAGCAUUCAUUAAUGUGGACAAUCCAGAAUAAAAGUCCAGGUCAAAUAACCAGCAUCUAAAGUGAUACAGGUCUGUAAAUUCAUUAUCUAGGGAUAUUGUAACAAUAUCUAAUAAAUGCUGGCCUGAGUUAACCACUAGAGGUAGCAUUCAGAAUAAGUUAGAUAGUGACUCAUUGGGCGGAAUCGGUUGGUGGCGGUACAAAAUAUAAUACUGUAUAUCGUUUUAUUAUGCAUCUUAUGUAUUUGAUUAUUACGAUGUACUAUACCUGUACAC